AUGGAGGUGUGUGCGCGGCUCUACUCCCUCGCCGUCCCCACGCCACCCCUCACCCACAAUGCCUCUCGGGUGGAGGCAGCGCGGGAGGAGCACAGGGAGGUGGAGGAGCAGGUGCGGAGGGCGAGGAGCCGGGCCAAGGUGCUCAAGGACAAGCUCAAGCGCGACUAUGGGCCGCACGGGGAGUUCUCCAACCUCGUGGACCGCUGCUUCGCCUUCAACGCCAACCAGUACACGUAUGAGAUCUGCCCGUACAAGAAGGCGGUGCAGAAGGAAGGCCACUCCGAGACGACUCUUGGGCGGGCGGGCAGGCACUUCAAGCGGUUUGAGGCGGAGCACACAGUCAUGGCGUUUGAAGAUGGCGAGCACUGCUGGAACGGACCGCCCAGGAGCAUCAAGGUGAAUACGAGAGCAGCAAUGCAUCACUCCCUCAUCAUGAAGGAGAGCAGCAAUGCAUCACUCCCUCAUCAUGAAGGAGAGCAGCAAUGCAUCACUCCCCUCAUCAUGAAGGAGAGCAGCAAUGCAUCACUCUCCCUCAUCAUGAAGGAGAGCAGCAAUGCAUCACUCCCUCAUCAUGAAGGAGAGCAGCAAUGCAUCACUCCCUCAUCAUGA